AGGCCCAAUACAGAUCCAAGGGAGCCUUGCAGAGUUUAGACAAAUGAUCUUACUUAAGACGGGAAAGAGAGCUGAGACCAGCUAUGCCUUCUAUGGUUGCCACUGUGGCGUGGGUGGCAGGGGAUCCCCCAAGGAUGCGACAGAUCGGUGCUGUGUUGCUCACGACUGUUGCUACUACCGGCUGCAGAAACACAACUGCGGCACAAAAUUUCUGACCUACAAGUUCUCCUACCGAGGGGGCAAAAUCACCUGCUCCGCCAACCAGAACUCCUGUAGGAAACAGCUGUGCCAAUGUGACAAAGCGGCAGUUGAAUGUUUCCACCGGAACCGGAAAAGCUACAGUUUAAAGUAUCAACUCUAUCCCAACAAGUUUUGCAGUGGAAAGUCGCCAAAGUGCUGAGGGAGCAGCCUUGUUCAACAUCUGGACACGUUGUCUCCUCUAGCACCCCUUCCCAGACAAACCAAGUCCCCCCCCCCCAGAGAUAAACACCCCUCUCCCACCCUAGAGGCUGAGUGGGGGCCCUUCUGUACUCAUUCAGAAUGAGACACCAAAGCCUGGUGUGUUAGACUGAUCUUUCCCCGUCACUCAUCUACCUUGAACGGGCAGAUUGUUGGCUUCCAGCUUCCCCUUUGCGUGCAACUUCCUGCCUUGCAG